AUGAAGCCAGCAGGCACCGUUCUACUUUUGAUCAGCCUCGCUUGGUUGUUCCUCUAUGCAGAUGCUGUGAGUCAAGGGGGCUUUAAGGCUUUUUGCAGAAACUAUGAGAAGACACUGGCUAGUGAUGCAAAAUCGUGCCCAAAGUUCCACAAACCAGUGUGUGGCACUGAUGGAAAAACUUACCAAAACCGCUGUGAAUUCUGCCGAACAGCCAUGGAAAGAAGUUUUGGGAAACUUGGUUUCAAACAUGAAGGGAAAUGCUGAUUCCUCUAACACAACACUGGGUGCACCUUUGGUUUGAAUUUUAUGCUGAGAUAUGUAUUCUCUAUUGCCCAGUCUCCAUGGCAAUGUGCUUCCCACCAGU